AUGCUUUCUGUUUAUUACUUCUUCGUACUCGGUGGAGCUUCAACACUUCUGCCCAUCAUCGUCAGCGUCGUCUACAAUCUGUUCUUCCACCCAUUGCGUGCAUACCCAGGUCCGCUGUUGUGGCGCAUGACUAGCCUGCCAUGGUGUUAUCACCAGAUAAAAGGCGAUCGAACCCAACUUCAAGCUCAGAUGCACUGGCGGUAUGGAGACGUGGUACGCAUCCGGCCUAACGAGCUGAGCUAUACGAGCUAUCAAGCCUGGGAUGACAUCUUCGUCCAUCAUCCCAACCGGCCCGAAUUCCCCAAAGAUCCUCGUCGUCAACGCCGGAACCCGAACAAGCUCGAGCAUAUACUCAGCGCUCCCAAAGCCGACCAUUCUCGUUACCGCCGGCUAUUGGCGGGGGCAUUCUCCGAGCGUGGUCUUCGCGCUCAAGAACCGCUGAUCAAACAGCAUUUCGAACUGCUCCUCCAGCGCCUCACGGCGUUGGCCACUGCCGGCGAGUCUGUUGACUUCACGGAGUGGUACAACAUGAUAGUAUUCGACGUGAUCGGGGACCUGGCGUGGGGGGAGUCCUUCCAUUCGCUGCGUGAAGGAAAGCUGCACGAGUGGAUCCCAGCAAUUGCAUCCACAGUCAAGUUCGCGAUGCAAUCCAGUCCGCUGCUGGAGUACGGACUGGGAUGGCUGAUCCCCCUGUUCGUCUCGCGCACGGUGCGCGAGCAGCGCGCAGCGAAUUACCGGUUCUCCGAGGCCAAGGUGGCCCAGCGUCUGCGGGUGAAGGGGGCCCGCGGCGACUUCUGGGACCGGGUGGUAAUCAAAAGCGCGGACAACAACCGCACCGGCGAGGGAAUGACGCGCGGCGAAAUGCUUAACAAUGCCAGCAUCCUCGUGCUCGCCGGCUCCGAGACCAGCGCCACCACCCUCUGCGGUAUGACCUACUUCCUGCUGCGCAACCCGGCCACCUAUCGCCGGCUGGUCGCCGAGAUCCGUGGCGCCUUCUCCGCCCGCGCUGACAUCACCAUGGUCUCCAUCGGAAAUCUGCCGUAUCUCAAUGCGGUGUUUCAGGAGACCGUGCGUCUGUAUCCCCCAGUGCCAACGCACAGCCAACGGGUUCCGCCUAAGGGUGGUGCGCUGGUGUGCGGGCAAUGGGUCCCGGACAAUACUAGCGUCGGAAUUUCCAUGAUGGGGGCCUGCCUUGAUCCGAAAAACUUCCAUCGCGCGCGAGAGUUCUGCCCGGAACGCUGGCUCGAAGACGCCCCGGUUGAGUUCCAUCAGGACAACAAGGCCGUCUACCAGCCAUGGAGCAUGGGAACACGCAACUGUCUGGGGCGUAACCUGGCACUCUUGGAAAUUCGGCUGAUCAUGGCCAACCUGCUGUGGACCUUCGAUCUGGAAAUGGACCAAGAUCGCAUAGGAAGAAGCGCAGGUGAGUGGAUCGACCAGAAGAUUUGGGGGGUCUGGUUCAAGAAGCCGCUCUGGGUCUCGUUGAGUCUAGCUCGAGACCAGGUUUCAUCAUGA